CGGGAGAGAAACCUAGCAGGGACGCACAUCUCUCCCGCAAGCUGCGCCUUUAAAUAUCGGAGCCUCCGCGCGGACGGUUUUAGAGGCAUUGCACACCUCGUUGCGGACAAAACGGGCAAGGCUGUCGUUAAUUUGGAGGCAUUCGGUUCAAUAUGAGAUUUGAAGUCUAGAUUCUCGCCAUUUCUUCGCCAACGUUGUUACAGUCCCGUGAAGAAGGAUGCCGGAGCAGAGCAACGACUACCGCGUGGUGGUGUUCGGCGCCGGCGGGGUGGGCAAGAGCUCGCUGGUGCUGCGUUUCGUGAAGGGGACGUUCCGCGAGAGCUACAUCCCCACGAUCGAGGACACCUACCGCCAGGUGAUCAGCUGCGACAAGAGCAUCUGCACGCUGCAGAUCACCGACACCACCGGCAGCCACCAGUUCCCCGCCAUGCAGCGCCUGUCCAUCUCCAAGGGCCACGCCUUCAUCCUGGUCUACUCCGUCACCAGCAAGCAGUCGCUGGAGGAGCUCAAGCCCAUCUUCGAGCAGGUGUGCCAGAUCAAGGGGGACGUGGAGAGCAUUCCCAUCAUGCUCGUGGGCAACAAGUGCGACGAGGCGCAGGGCCGGGAGGUGGAGACCGGCGACGGCGAAGCGGUGUCCAAGAAGUGGAAGUGCGCCUUCAUGGAGACGUCGGCCAAGACCAACCACAACGUGAAGGAGCUGUUCCAGGAGCUGCUCAACCUGGAGAAGCGCAGGACUGUCAGCCUCCAGAUCGACGGCAAAAAAAACAAACAGCAGAAACGCGCCGAGAAGCUCAAGGGGAAGUGCGUGGUCAUGUGAGCUGGGAGGGGGGGGGUUA